CAGCGUCCAUACUGAGGAUGGCGAACGGUGUUCUCGUUUUAUUAGCUAGUUGCAUAAGUUGAAUAAUUCUAAUUAUAUUGUUUUUCCCCUCUCUACCAGGAAUAAAACCGACUUGCUCUGCUGAUUUUAUAAGAUCCGGACAUGUCCCAGCAGACCCUGCAGCAUACGUUGCCCAUCCUCCUCCCCGGCGUGGAUCUGACUUCAUAAGGUUGCCUGCGCCUCCCGUUGGGUUCCCUCCCAGCUUUGACACGUUUCUACUUCACUAAAUCCUUAACACGCGAGGCGAGUGCAUCUGGCGCCAUGUUCUCAGGCCGGACAGACAAGCGGUGCUUCUUCGUGUUUUUGGCCGCCUCUCAACUGCUGUUUAUCUUGCUAUUGUAUCUGCUUGGAGCCUCCAGCAUGUUUCAGGAAAUUUUCGGAGCCUACCCUGUAUGGGAUUAUUCGAAAACCCAGGACGUCUACACCAACCUGAGCCUAUUCAUUCCGAACCCUGAAGCCGCAAAGACUCAGUACUGUCCCAUCAGGUCUCCCAUACUUGUUGGUCCUUUAACCAUAACGCUCAACAAGCCGCCAAGUUUGAAGAAGAUCCAGAUGAAGAACCGCUAUGUGACGUCUGGAGGUAGCUUCAGCCCCAGGCACUGCUUUGGAAGGUACCGCACAGCUAUAAUUAUACCACACAGGAACAGAGAGUCUCACCUCCGAAGCUUGCUCUACUACCUUCACCCCUUCCUGCAACGCCAACAGCUGCACUACACAAUAUUUGUGGUCCAUCAGGCGGGGAACGCAACAUUUAACAAGGGCAGGCUCUUCAACAUCGGCGUGAGAGAAGCGCUGCGCUACAACAGCUGGGACUGUUUAAUCUUUCAAGACGUUGACCUCAUUCCGGAAAAUGACUACAACCUGUACAUGUGCAACGAGUAUAACCCCAAGCAUCUCUCCAGCGCCAUUGACAAAUUCCAGUACAGCCUGCCAUAUUGGACAUGUUUUGGAGGAGUGACUGCACUUACACCAGAUCAGUUCAUGAGCAUCAAUGGAUUCCCCAACACAUACUGGGGCUGGGGAGGAGAGGACGAUGAUAUCGCCAUGAGGAUUCGCCUUUCGGGGAUGAAAAUGACUCGGACGCCUUUAAGCCUUGGCCGAUAUAAAAUGAUCCCACACGACCGUGACUCCGGCAAUGAGGAGAACGCUUACAGGUAUGAUCUGUUAAGUAAAACGAAAAAAACCUGGAGAGAAGACGGGAUAAACUCCAUAGAUUUCCGCCUGCUUUCCAGAGAGAAGGCUGAGCUCUACACCAACCUCACGGUGGACAUCGGUGAAACUCCGGUCAUGCCGACCAAAGCAAGGAAGUGGUGGUUUUUUUAACCCUUGGUCAGGGGCGUACUGAACUAUAGAGAAGCAUCCAGUGAUAUGACUGUGGACCGCCUCCUACAGGAUGUUUUAGGACUUGCAGUCUCUUCUCCAGUCCCUAUGCAUUCUGUAAAACCAUGAGACCUGUAGUUUCCAUUGUGACCAGUAGAGGACCGUGAGAUGCUGGAAUGAAACGACUUGGCCCUGACCG